AUGUCUGAGAAAGCUUGCUGCGGUGGCAACUGUGUUUCUAAGUCUAGCACCAGUUUGCUCACAUGGUCUGACCCUGCCAAAUCGGCCAAGGUGUUCGGUGGCAUUGUCUUGACUUUGCUCACUUUGAAAUAUAUCAACAUCCUGAACAUCGUGUUUCGUCUGGGAUUCUUUGUUUUGAUUACCUCUGCUCUCGCGGAAUACGCCGGAAAACUUGCACUUGGUGAAGGUCUCGUGACUCGUUUCAAGCCACAGUACACUGCCUAUGCUUCCAAGUAUGGCGACAAGAUCGCCGAGCACACCGUCUCGUUCCUCAAAUCCUUCGAGCAGUCUGCCCAGGAGACUGUCUACUCGAAGGACAUUGAGGCCACCCUGAAGACUGCCGGUGGUCUGUACAUCCUGUACCUGCUCACAUCAUGGUUCUCCCUCUGGACGCUGUUGUUUACCUCAGUUGUUCUUGCCUUCUCCGUUCCAGGUGUCUACCUCAAGUACCAAACUGAGAUCGAUGCUAAGGUUGCUGAGCUUUCCAAGACUGCCAAGAGCAAGGCCGUUGAAUUGCAAAAGACUGCUUCCGAGAAGUCCGGCCCUCUCUUGAAGAAGGCUGAGGCCAAGCUGGGUCCUGUUGGAGCUUUCAUCAAGUCCAAGGUUCCAGUGAGAACUGCCUCCUCGACUGUUGGAUCCGAGCCAGUUGUCGGCGCCGAAAAAGUCAAGUUGCCAACCGUCCCAUCAUCUACCCCAGUUUCUGUUCCAGAAGACGUCACAACCCCUCUGGCAGCCAAGAUUGACGAGACUGUCAAGUCUGCCGAUGCCCAGUUUGCCAAGGAGACCGAGCCAUUGUUGUAA